CAUCACCGUUCCUCCUCCGCACCUAGUGCCGCCAUCGUGCCGCUGGAUUAGGGUAGGUCCGCCGUUGGCUAAGUGCUCGUGUUUUGGAACUCGUUCCCUGGCGUGACAGGAUGUCCGAGUUUGUUGGGUUAGCUAGCAGCCACGAUCCAACGAAUACUUCAUUAGACUUUCCCGCGUUUCCCCCAUCACCAUCCCUUUCACCAUCAACAGCGCCCCUCAUCCUGUAAUAGAGUGCUGUUCAACGUGUAUUCUGCAGCGUUUAGACUCCGCCGCGGUACUAAUUCCGACCGUUGAGCGAGUCCCGGGAAACCCGCAAGGCAUCUAGUAUCCUUCCGCGUACUCGCGACGAGCAAACAGGUAAAGUACAGCGCAUCAGAAACAGAAGCAUGGAAAACCGUGACAGCAGUAGCGUGCGGCUGUCGUUGCGACACGGAGCGGCAGUUGCGGAGGUCCAAAAGCACCUCGAGUCGUUCUUCGCCAAUCUCGAUGCUUCUCUCGCCCGCCCAGUAGGAUCCGCGUUAACCGCAGCGCGCCCGAACACUCCCGAGCCGUUAACUCCCGCCACUUGUCAGACUGAGGCCGCUCCAAUGACGAGCGACACGCCUUCUGCUGCCUGCGAAAGAGGUAGCCUUCGCAGCGGCGUCUCUAGUGUCGCGUGCGUCGUCAACGUCGCACAGUCUGAGGCUGGCGGAACCUUUGUGGACGUGGGGAUGCGGAGAGUAAAGGCGGAAGCGGAACUGCGCUCGGCUGCGGAGUUACGUCUACAGACGACCGUGGAGCUGCGCGCUUCUGAGUUGCGCAGAGGCGCUGGUUUGCGCAUAGCCGCCACGGAAACCGCGCACCGCACCGCGCUGGCGGCGGAGUUGCGCUGCCCGCGCUUGUCGGAGCUGUACGAGGUUGGCCGCGAGCUGGGGAGCGGACACUUCGGAGUCGUGCGGCUGUGCGAGGACCGUGCGACGGGCGAGCAAUUCGCGUGCAAGACGAUAAUGCUGAGCGACGUGCGGCGCCGCAACGAUCUCAUGGAGCUAAAGGCGGAAGUUUUCUCGCUGCUGCGCCUACAGGAGGGGGGAGGGGGACGACUGAGGGGAGCGGGGGAAGCGGGGGGAACGGGGGGAAAGGGAAGGUUCGAGGGAGCUGGGAAAGCGGGAGGAAGGGGGGAAUGCGGAGCAGACGAUGCAGAGGGGGACGGGGCGGACCUGGCAUUCGUACGGUUGUACGAGGUGUUAGUUGAACCGCGUAUAGCGUUACAUCUCAUCCUGGAGUACUGCUCUGGAGGCGAUCUGUUUGACCUCGUUAUAAGGCAGAAACGGCUUACAGAAGCACAAGCCGCUGCCGUGUUCAGACAGCUACUCCUGGCAGUGCACGCCAUGCACCAAAAGGGCAUCGUGCACAGGGAUCUAAAGCCAGAGAACAUACUCGUUAGUAGAGUAUUCAGUACCUGUACAGGCCUUUGCACUGCAGCUGAGUGCAGUUGCGGCAAAAUCGGAGGCACUAGCAGCAGUGGAAGCAGCAGCAUUAGCCAGGGAUGUUCCUGUAGUAACGAGGCUUUUGAUAUAGGCACAUCUAGUGAUACAAGCUGCACUGGGGCCACGCCUCCCUCCCCACUCCCACUCACAGCUUCCAUGGUUCCAGUUUCCUCUUCUGCUAGACAUACCAGCAGCUGCAAUAGCAGCAACAACAGCAAAGGCAGCAGCAUCAGCACCCCUCCCUUCCAAUCUUCCUCCUUCCCCUCUCUCCCUCCAUCGUCGCCCUUCCAGCUUUCACGUGCCUCUCUUCUGCCAUCUCCCUCUCUCAUCUCCCCUCUCGCGUCCCCCUCCUCUUUCCCCUCCCUCUCCCCUGCUUUCCCCCCUCAUUCUCCCACCUCUCUUCCUCCACUCAUACCGGAUGUGCCUCUUCUUCCUCCUCUCCCUCCUCUCUCUUCGAGACCGCCUCCCACUCACGCCACUACUGCAACCGGAAUAACUUCCUGCCCCUGCACGGGCAUUCAAGUCAAGAUAGCUGACUUCGGCCUGGCAGCAGCGUUUUCUCCCGGGCAGACAGCAGCUUGUGGGGUGGUGGGCUCGCCCUUCUACAUGGCGCCUGAGAUCAUCCGGGGGAGGCCGUAUGCAGGGGAGGUGGACAUGUGGAGCCUUGGGUGUGUUCUCUACACCUGCUUGUCUGGUUCGGUGCCUUAUCACGGGAGAACGCACCGUGAGGUCUUUGCUUCGGUGUUAGGCUCGGCACCAGACUUCAAAGGCCAGGUCUGGGAGGGCAUUUCAAGGGAGGCUAAGCAGCUGUUAAGGUGUCUGCUUGUAACGGAUCCUGGGAGGAGGCUCAAGGCACAUGAGGUGCUGAAACACCCGUGGGUUAGAGGGGCGUGCGGGGGUGAGUGCUGGGGAAGAGAGGAGGACCGGGGGAAGGAGACGAAGAAGGCUCGAGAAGAUGAAGGGAUGCCAGAAGGGGGUUGGAAAAAUAAGAAUGACUCCAAGAGUGAGAAGUGUGCUGCAGCAGAGGGCAAGGUGUGUGCUGAAGUUAUGGUGUGCGCGGAAAGGGGUCCAGAGGAGGCCGUGAGUGGGCAGCAUGAGGCUGGGUGUGAGGUGUGCUGUACAGGUCAUCAGAUAAGGAGGUGUGAUACGAGCUGUACGAGCAACGAUGCGGAUGCUGCUGGCGCGUUAAGUGCGGUGGGCUCGUUGGGCGACAGCGAGAGCAGCUUUGAGAAAGCAUUGGAAUUGGGGCAUGUGAGUGGCAUGACAACCACCCAGUGGAGUGGGAGUAGGAGAAGCAAGAAGACAACCAUCAGAGAUGUUAUUGCUGCCGAGACUGGGGCCGUUUCAAGCAAGGAGGCGUGCUUUUUUGUGUCAAGGUAUUUCCAGGCUGGAGGAACAAGCGAUGUGGCUGGAGAGACGGGCACUGUUGAUUGUGGCCGUAGUAGCAGUACAAACGGUGGGGUUAGCGGCGGUGAUAGUAGUGGUAGUGACGUUACUUGUAGUGACAGUAGCAGCGGUGGCAGUAGCAGCGGUGACAGUAGCAGUGGUGACAAUACGAGUGUUGUCACGAGCACCAGUGAAACUAGCAGUGGUGACAGCAGCAGUGGCUGCAACAGCGGUGACAGUAGCACUAAUGGCUGCAGCAGUGCUGGUAUAAACGGACGUGACAGUACAUACCCAAGUGCCAGGUGUACCACCAUUGACGUCUCUCAGAAGAGUACCUGCACCAGCAGCACCAGAAGCGGGAAUACCAGCUGCAGCUGCUGCAUCGAGGUAACAAGACUGGAUAAACGCAGAAGCAGUUGCAUCACUACUAGCAGCAGUAUCUGUUCAGGCAGCAGCAGGAGCAGCAGCAGCAGCUGUAGCUCCAGGGCCCAGCACAGCGCCACAUUACAGCACGGUGGGAAGUGGAAAGGAAGGAAAGGCUUACUGGAUGUUCAGGAGAGCAGCAGGAGGGGUCUGCUCUCAGCAGCAGCAGGAAAUGCUGGGUCAUCGUUACAAGUGACUGAAAAGCCAGCAGUAAUCAUGGAACCUGCAGCAGCAGCAGCAACAACGACAAUGGCAGCAGCAGCAGCAGCGCGAUCAACAGGGGUAGCAACGAGUUGUGGAGUAUUGGCGUCUGCAUCCACGGAAACGUCUGCAACAACCAAUACACCAUUUGGCAUCGUUGUGACUGCUCUCAUUUCUACUCCUGCGAACAGUCGUCAGGCUGGUGCAGUUGCUGUGACUGCAGUCUCUUCCAAGAAAAGUCCGCCUGUGCUGGAUGCCUGUUCCAUCUCGGACACACAAAACCAAGGUGCUACCAUGGUUGUAGUUUUGAUGCGGGAUCAUCAUGCGCCAUGGGCCCAAGCAGGUAACAGGGCCCAAGCAGAUAACUUGCGGCUUGGCAUACUCACAAGUUACUCCGCUCCGCUCUGUGUUGGCGGUUCUUAUAGGCUGUUGCCAUGGGCCAGCCCGUGGCUCCACAUAGAGGUAUGCGGUACUUUUGUGCCUUCCCCUGCUUGCCCUAUUGGAAUUGGUUGAGUAGCUUAUGGCAUGGCAGCCUUUUCUUGUAUUGACUUUGUUUGAGAAUUGGUUGUCCUAUAGACUCAAUAAAUGCACGAACUUCGC